CUUCUUUCGUUCGGACGUGAUGUGGUAUAUGCUCUUGCUGCUGCCCGCUGUGGCCUUCGCUCAAGAUACCGCAGAUUGCUUUGAAGAUUUCCGCGGCGUUUGCGUUAAGCAGUCUGUUGGUCGCUGUCCAUUCAGACAGGGGGGUUACUCGUGGUUAGGAUGUGCCAAGGAUAGUAUAUGCUGCUUCCCCAGCAAGACUACCACCACCAAGCCCACGAUCACCACGACCACACCAGACCCCGGUCAAGGCGCUUGCGGACAUUCCUUUGUGAACGGGGCGGGGAGUUACCGAAUUGUUGGCGGAUGGGCUGCACAGAAGGGCGAGUGGCCCUGGGUGGUGUCUAUUCAAAUCCAUCAGGAGGGAUGGGACGACUUCAUGCACUGGUGCGGCGGAGCAAUACUUGACGACAAACAUAUUAUUACUGCUGCUCAUUGCUUUAUGAGCCCUGCCGACCCGAGUAAGCCAGCUCAAUGGAAAGUUAUCGUCGGGGAGCAUGACAGGUACCGGGUCGACGAAGGAGAACAGAUCAUGUCAGUAGAGAAGAUCAUGCCACAUACAGAGUUCAAUAACCCACCGAAACAACAUGACAUUGCCAUAAUCAAGCUGAGCUCGACCAUCCAAUACACCAAGUUUGCUCAACCAAUUUGCCUCCCGGAGAAGAGCGACCUUUUUGUGGGACAGGUCUGCACCGUGGCUGGCUGGGGGUCAAACAACCCUUACGAACUUAUCUACAGUCAGAUCCCCCAGGAGGUGAAUCUACCAAUUAUGAAGCAGGAACUGUGUGGACAGUAUAAUGCACCAUUCUACUACCCCACCAGUAAUGUAUGCGCUGGAUUUAAACAUGGGACCCAGGACGCUUGCGGAGGUGAUUCUGGAGGACCACUGAUGUGUAUGGAUGACUCGAUAGGACGAUGGAAGCUAGCUGGUGUGGUCUCCUGGGGUACCGGGUGUGCCUGGAAGGAGAACCCAGGCGUUUACACGAAGGUGUCGGUCUACAAAGACUGGAUAGCUGCCCAUACAGGCUAAGAAUGGAACCACUUUCUCAAUUUCAAUAUAAAGAUAAUAAAUUACAUUACAUUAAACGCAGACAUUGAGAAGAAAAAUAAA